CCAUCCAUAUCACAAUUCCAUUCAUUUAAUAUCCCUUUGGUGUCAUUGACAUAAGAGAUGUCGUUUCUAGUCUAUAUCUUUCUAUUUCUAUAUAUGGAAAGUUAAAAAAUCAUCAUAUAAUAAUCCAGAAAAGAAAUCGAAAUAGAAAAGAAAAAAGGGAGGUUUGUGAUGAUUUUGAAAUCUUUUCUACUAGGUAAUCCAGUAUCCUUAUGCAUGAAGAUAAUAAAUUCGGUCGUUAUGGUCGGACUCUAUUAUGGAUUUCUGACCACAUUCUCCAUAGGGCCCUCUUAUCUCUUCCUUCUGCGAGCUCGGGUUAUGGAAGAAGGAGAAGAAGGAACCGAGAAGAAGGUAUCCGCAACAACGGGUUUUAUUGCGGGACAGCUCAUGAUGUUCAUAUCGAUCUAUUAUGCGCCUCUGCAUCUAGCAUUGGGUAGACCUCAUACAAUAACUGUCCUAGCUCUACCGUAUCUUUUGUUUCAUUUCUUCUGGAACAAUCACAAACACUUUUUUGAUUAUGGAUCUACUACCAGAAAUUCAAUGCGUAAUCUUAGCAUUCAAUGUGUAUUCCUGAAUAAUCUCAUUUUUCAAUUAUUCAACCAUUUCAUUUUACCAAGUUCAAUGUUAGCCAGAUUAGUCAACAUUUAUAUGUUUCGAUGCAACAACAAGAUGUUAUUUGUAACAAGUAGUUUUGUUGGUUGGUUAAUUGGUCACAUUUUUUUCAUGAAAUGGGUUGAAUUGGUAUUAGUCUGGAUACAGCAAAAUAAUUCUAUUCGAUCGAAUGUACUUAUUCGAUCGAAUAAGUACCUUGUGUCAGAAUUGAGAAAUUCUAUGGCUCGAAUCUUUAGUAUUCUCUUAUUUAUUACCUGUGUUUACUAUUUAGGCAGAAUACCGUCACCCAUUGUUACUAAAAAAUUCAAAGAAACCUCAGAAACGGAAGAAAGGGGGGAAAGCGAAGAAGAAACAGAUGUAGAAAUAGAAACAACUUUCGAAACGAAGGGGACUAAACAGGAACAAGAGGGAUCCAUUGAAGAAGAUCCUUCUCCUUCCCUUUUUUCGGAAGAAAAGGAGGAUCCGGACAAAAUCGAUGAAAGAGAAGAGAUCCGAGUGAAUGGAAAGGAAAAAACAAGGGAUGAAUUCAACUUUCAAGAGACAUUCUAUAAAGAUAGCCAAGUUUAUAAAACUUCUUAUAUGGAUCGGAAUAAAAAUAAAGAGAAUUCGAAAUUAGAAAUAUUUCAAGAAGAUCCAUUUUUAUUAUGGUUUGAAAAACCUCUUGUGACUCUUCUUUUCGACUAUAAACGAUGGAAUCGUCCAUUGCGAUAUAUAAAAAACAAUCAAUUUGAAAAUGCCGUAAGAAAUGAAAUGUCACAAUAUUUUUUUUAUACAUGUCGAAACAAUGGAAAAGAAAGAAUAUCUUUUGCGUACCCCCCCAGUUUGUCAACUUUCUUGGAAAUGAUACAAAAAAAAAUUUCUUUGUUGACAAGAGAAAAACUACCCUCUGAUGAAUUGUAUGAUCAUUGGAUUUAUACCAAUGAACAAAAAAAGAACAACUUGAGCAAAGAAUUUAGAAAUCGAAUGGAAACUCGAAAUAAAGGAUCCAUUACUCUAGAUGUACUCGAAAAAAGAACUAGAUUGUGUAAUGAUGAAAAUAAAAAAGAAUACUUGCCUAAAAUAUAUGAUCCUUUUUUGAAAGGGCCCUGUCGUGGAAGGGUCAAAUCUUUUUUUUCAUCCCCAAUCCUAAAUAAAAUUUCUAUAAAAAAUUACAUCGAGACAGGUUGGAUAAAUAAGAUUCAUGUUAUACUUUUUAAUACUGAUCAGGAAAACUUGGAAAAACAAAUAGAUGCAUUUGAUAGAAAUUCAUUAUCAACAGAAAAAAAACUUUAUUUAUUUCCAUUUCCAGAAACUGAACAAGGAAGAAUUAAUUCAGAAGAUCAAAUAAAAAUUUUGAAAAUUUUCUUCAACGCAGUUAUAACUGAGCCCAAGACUAAAAGAAUUAAAAAAAAAUCUAUUGGAAUAAAAGAAAUAAGUAAAAAAGUUCCUCCGUGGUCAUACAAAUUAAUCAACGAUUUGGAACAACAGGAGGGAGAAAACGAAGAAAACGUGGCAGAGGAUCAUCAGAUUCGUUCCAGAAAAGCCAAACGUGUAGUGAUUUUUACUGAUAACCAUCAAAAUACUGAUGCUAAUAGCAAAAAUACUAAUAAUCCUGAUCAAGCCGACGAAGUGGCUUUGAUACGUUAUUCACAACAAUCGGAUUUUCGUCGAGACAUAAUCAAAGGCUCUAUGCGUGCUCAAAGACGUAAAACAGUUACUUGUGAAUUGUUUCAAGCAAAUGUGCAUUCUACUCUUUUUUUGGACAGAAUAGACAAACCCCUUUUUUCUUUUGAUAUCUCCGGGAUGAUAAAAUUCAUUUUGAAAAACUGGAUGUAUAAAAAAACAACAGAAUUAAGAAUUUCGGAUUAUACGGAGGAAAAGACAAAAGAAAGUGAGAAAAAAAAAGAGGAAGAAAAAAGAGAAGAAUACAAAAGAGAAGAGAAAGCACGAAUAGAAAUAGCGGAAGCCUGGGAUAGCAUUUUAUUUGCUCAAGUAAUAAGAGGAUCCCUAUUAGUAACCCAAUCUUUUCUUAGAAAAUAUAUUCUAUUCCCUUCAGUGAUAAUAGCUAAAAAUAUAGCCCGUAUGUUAUUAUUUCAAUUUCCCGAGGGGUCCGAGGACUUAAAAGAUUGGAAUAGAGAAAUGCAUGUUAAAUGCACCUAUAAUGGUGUUCAAUUAUCAGAAACCGAAUUUCCAAAAAAUUGGUUGACAGACGGUAUUCAGAUAAAGAUCCUAUUUCCUUUUUGCCUUAAACCUUGGCACAGAUCUAAGGUGUCACCCCCCCAGAAAGAUCCGCUGAGAAAUAAAGGGCAAAAAAACGAUUUUUGUUUUUUAACAGUUUGGGGAAUGGAAACUGAACUUCCUUUUGGUUCUCCCAGAAAACAACGUUCAUUUUUUGAACCCAUUUUUAAAGAACUCAGAAAAAAGAUUAUCAAAUUGCAAAAGAAUUCUUUUUUAGUUAUACAGGUUUUAAAAGAAAGAAUCCAUUUUUUUUUAAACCUUUCAAAAGAAAGAAAAAAAAAAAUGGGUCAUGAAAAACAUUCUAUUUUUAAAAGGAAUAAUAAAAGAACUUUCAAAAAGAAACCCAAUUCAAUUAUUUGGAUUAAGAGAAAUAUAUGAAUUGAGUGAAACUAAAAAAGAAAAAGAUGGGAUAAUCAGUAAUGGGAUGAUUAAUGAAUCGUCCAUUCAAAUUCUAUUUAUGAAUUUGACAGAAAAAAAAAUGAAAGA